CUGGGUCCAAAAAUGAAGCUGUACCCAGGGCCCCACUAAUUCUAACACCUCCACUGGUGUGUGCUAAUGAAUACCCAAUACCUCCUCCCUGGGUCUUAUGCAAGAAGAGUGAUACAGAGAUUUUGAAAUCAUUUUCUAGGGUGGAGUCGAAAGAACUCCCAAGGAAAGGGGAAGCUGUGGAAAUGUAGCAGUGGCGUGUGAACUGCAGGAAGGAUCCGGCUGCUUCAGGCUGGGAGGGACAGCAUGGCCCAGCACAGAGUCUGUCAGGAGCAAGAUGACUGCAUGAAUAAAGUGACUCUCUCCACAAUGAGGCUCCGAGUGCUGCCUCCUACAGUCCUGCAGGACCCCCGAGUGGAGAGCCUGAACCUCGACCGGAACAAGCUGAAAUACGUCCCUGGGAUUUCAAAGCUUUGCAACUUACGAAAACUGGUCUUGUCCAAGAAUGAGAUCGCAGACUUCCCAGGGGAAAUCCAGAGCCUGGUCCACCUAGAGAAGUUGGAACUGAAUCAGAACCAAAUCCGGGUCAUCCCGGAGGGCAUCUUCUCCUGUCUUCCCAGGCUAACGCACUUGCGGUUGAACAACAACCGCCUCAGUGCUCUGCCCAAGGACUUGGCCACCUGCAGCGGCAGCCUCCAGUACCUCAACCUGUCCAACAACUUGUUCCGUGCUCUCCCCCAAGCGGUCUUGGAGCUGGUGCAGUUACAGGAGCUCUAUGUGCAGAAUAACGGGCUGCGCCAGCUCCCCAGGGAGCUGUUUGAAGGGAGGCCGCUGAAGAUGUUCAAGGCAAAUGGGAACCCACUGAGGGAACCUCCCAAUGAAGUCUGUGCUGGGGGCAUCCAGCAGAUCCUCGGCUACUUCUGCCAUCUGCAGAACUGCCCGGCGGAGGAAGACAGGAGGGUGAAGACCAUGUUCCUGGGAGCAUCGCUGGCAGGGAAAUCUACUAUCUGCAAGAGCCUGAAGCAGAGGCGAGCAGUCUUGGUGUCUGAGGAAGAACGGACAGUAGGGAUUGAGAUCAGUGAGUUCCGCAUCCAGGACUUCACAUUUCUCUUCUGGGACUUUGCUGGGCAGCUGGAGUAUUAUGUGACUCACCACGUGUUCAUCACCCCACAGGCCCUCGUCAUCCUGGUCAUUAACUUCCAGACAUACCAGCUCAAUAAUGACGUCUUCCAGGAGCUGGUUGGCUUCUGGAUCAAUAACCUCUUCAUGCGAGUCCCCAACUCUGUGGUCCUGCCUGUGGGAACCCACGUAGACUGCUGCACUGAGGAAGAAGUAGAAGAAAAGAAGCAGGACAUCAUGGGCAAGGUCCAGGCCAUGCUGGAGGAAAGGAAGAGGAACCUUGCCCACUUCAUCAACAACCUGGAAAGCAGCGAGGAGUCCGAAUUCUACGUGGACCAGUGGGACAGACUGAAGGAGAUGGAGAGCUGCACCUUGACUAUUUUAAACCUUGUUCCUGUCAAUUGCACUGACUACGGGGAUAUUAAAAAGCUUGAAACUACUAUUUUGGAGCAUGUCAAGAAUGAAGAAACAUUUCCUAAUGUUAUUCGAGUGCUGCCCCCUGUUUAUAAGGAAGUGGAAGCUGCAAUUGUAGAUAUAGUGCAGAGUGAGGAGACUGCAGAACAUGGCAUGAUGGACCUCAACCACUUGCUCAGUGAAAUCACCCGCCGAGAGUACCUGACCCAUCUGGGCACAGAGCUUUUCCAGGACAUCCUGAGAUACCUCCAUCGCAUCGGGCUGAUUAUCUGGUAUGAAGAAAUCAAGCAGCUGGAAAGCACGGUCUUUCUCCGGCCAGCCUUUCUGAUAACCAUGUUCAAGAUCCUUGUAAGGGAUCGUCUUGUACAGCAGCUGGAGAACAUCUCCGUGGACCUGCUGGUGGGAGAACAUGCCACCAUCAGAGACCAGUCCAAUUGGGUGUGGACAUUCAAGUCGAAGGCCAUGCUGUGCCAGCAGGCCAUGCGAGCCUUGGUCAAGCACCAGCUCUACUUGGAAGGGAUGAAGGACGUCUUUGAGGAGAUGGUGGGGCACAAGGUCAAGAAGGGGAAGCUGUUCAGUCUGCUGGAGCACUUUGAGAUCUGCCUGGAAGUGAGGAAUGCCAAGAACCUCAACCCAGGGGCCAAGGAGUUUGUGCCAGGGAGGCCGUGGGAAACAGUGCAGGACCACAGAGAGGCUUGUUACUUGUUUCCCACAUACCUCAACCAGAGCAAGGAGGUUUCUGAGAGAUGGGGAGGAGACCAUCCGGAGGAUCUCCACAUCCGGGCCUACUUCUCACCUGAGAUCCCGGAGGGCUUCUUUCAAAGACCUUCUGCCUGGCUGGAGCUCCUGGGGUCCUCCCUUUUGGGCAGCAAAAACCAAACUCUGGCUGCCCAGGAAAACGGCAUCCAUCCCUGUAAUGUUCCUGGGAGUGCUGACCUCUUGUUUCUUCACGUUCAGAUCCUUGUAAGGGAUCGUCUUGUACAGCAGCUGGAGAACAUCUCCGUGGACCUGCUGGUGGGAGAACAUGCCACCAUCAGAGACCAGUCCAAUUGGGUGUGGACAUUCAAGUCGAAGGCCAUGCUGUGCCAGCAGGCCAUGCGAGCCUUGGUCAAGCACCAGCUCUACUUGGAAGGGAUGAAGGACGUCUUUGAGGAGAUGGUGGGGCACAAGGUCAAGAAGGGGAAGCUGUUCAGUCUGCUGGAGCACUUUGAGAUCUGCCUGGAAGUGAGGAAUGCCAAGAACCUCAACCCAGGGGCCAAGGAGUUUGUGCCAGGGAGGCCGUGGGAAACAGUGCAGGACCACAGAGAGGCUUGUUACUUGUUUCCCACAUACCUCAACCAGAGCAAGGAGGUUUCUGAGAGAUGGGGAGGAGACCAUCCGGAGGAUCUCCACAUCCGGGCCUACUUCUCACCUGAGAUCCCGGAGGGCUUCUUUCAAAGGCUCAUGGUGAAAGCUUGCUCCUUCUACUCAGCCCACUGGGUUGCAAAGGUCAUGUGCCUGCUCGUAUGCAGUGGCAAACCCCUGCUGAUCAAAGAGAACAACCAGAAGGGCUAUUGUUAUAUCGAACUCCGGGGCCGCAAGCCAGUGCAAAGGACAGAAUUUCAGUUGACGUGGGAUUUCAUAAUGGCGAUCAUCUUCAUCACCCGGAAGCUCUCUGAGGAGUGGCCUGGUCUCCAUAUGUGCAUGAAGGCGCCUUGUCGAACAGAGGGAUGUCCUGCAGAAUUUGUCUGGCCAGAUGUGGAUGACAAAAACACGGUAACGAAGGAAGAAAUUAAAACGUGUGGAACGUGUGGCCAUCGGUUUCGAACCGAGCUGCUUUUACCCAAAGUUCCCAGCGACCUGCAGGUUCCACAGCCCCCGCCUCCUGCUCGCUAUUAUGUCACUAGCUAUGGGACUACAACUUUCGGCCCUAGCAGCAUCCACGUCAAUCACCAGAGCAUCUUGGACAAAUAACUGGGCCUGCCCAAGAGAGCUUCACUAGGAAGGACUUUCUUUUAGCCAAACCACUUAGCGUGUUGAGUGCCCCGCUAAGCUAUCUUGUACGUGCUCUAAACAGCAAGAUGCAUUUGGCUGUUUGCAGUGUGUGUAAUGGUGCUAUGACACAAUAAACAAUUUCCAUCUGCUGA